AUGCAACAAGGAUUUCGGCCCAUGCCACCGACCGCGCAUCGGUCUCCAGCUGCGCCCCGUCGCCCAGGCAUGCACGCCCCGAUUCAACAAAUGCCUCCACAGCAGUACAUGACGCGCCCUAUGCCCCAUCCUAACGAUGCUGCGCUUCGAAGAAGCCGCAAACCUACCGACAAGAAUCUCCCGGAGGGCAUUGAGGACGUGAUCAUCGGCGAGGGCGUUCAACAAUACAAGAACCUCCGCGACCUGGAAAAGCGAUUGGACGCUGCCGUUAUCCGAAAGAGACUCGACAUCCAAGACUCUAUGACCAAGACCGUGAAAAAAUACCGAACGAUGCGCAUCUGGAUCACCAACACCGUUGAGAACCAGCCUUGGCAAGGAUCGGGAAACAACCCCGGCUCCGGUCGCUACAAGGUACGCAUCGAGGGCCGACUGCUGGACGAUGAGACAGACCCCACAGUCCCCGAUGAAGAGGAAAAGGCCGAAGACGCGAUGGACCAUGAUGGCGAGGGGGACAAGGCCACCAAGUCCGAUUCCAAGAACUCCACCCAGCGCUUCUCGCACUUCUUCAAGGCCAUCAAUGUCGACUUUGAUAAGCCUGUUACGGCAAUCCCAGAGGAAGUCAAGCCAGUGAACUGGUCCAAGGCCGUCCCUCACCCGAACACACCCACGCCCCCUGGCACUGAAUUCGACAGCCUACAGUUCUCUCGGGCCUCGCAAGAAAACCUGAAUAUUACUGUCAGUCUCGUCCGAGACGAAGUUCCAGAGCGAUACAAGUUGAGCAAAGAAUUGGCCGAGGUCCUGGAUGUCGAAGAGGAAACUCGGAGCGGAAUUGUGCUUGGAAUCUGGGACUAUAUUCGCGCAAUGGAUUUGCAGGAAGAUGAAGAGAAGCGACAAGUGCGCUGCGACCAUCGUUUGCGCUCGAUCUUUGGACGCGAGCAAAUGUUCUUCCCCCAGAUUCCGGAGAGUGUCGGCCCUCACACUAGCCCAAUGGAGCCAAUCAAGCUUCCGUACACUAUUCGUGUUGAUGAGGAGUUCAAUGCCGACCCGACACCAACCAUUUACGAUAUCCAGGUCGCGGUGGAAGACCCGCUGCGCACUAAGAUGAUGGCUCUCACCCAGAAUCCCGCUUACACGGCUGGUCUGCGCCAGAUCUCGUCGUUCGAUGACCAGAUCGCCUUGAUUGUCCAGGCUCUCACUCACUCCCGAGCCCGUCAUUCAUUCUACACUGCCUUGAGUAAAGACCCAGUUAGCUUUGUCCGUCGCUGGAUUAACUCUCAGCGCCGUGAUUUGGAGACCAUCGUGGGCGAAGCUACCCGUGGUGGCGGUGGUGAAGAUGGCAGUGGACCUGAGUUCCGAUUUGGCGGUCUUGAUGGUCCUUGGGAUUCCGAGGUUGCCAAAGAAGCAGUCCGGUAUAUGCUGGCUAGGCCCGAGGCGCAGGCCGCGGCUGCUCGAUAG